AUGGAUAAAUAUUUAUAAAAUAAAUGGCCAGUUGGUAAAAGGAAGUUGUAACUUCAAAGAAUUGAAGUUAAAUAUACACAAGAAUAGAUGAGAAUCACAGGAUAGUAGAAGAUACUUAUAUUUUAAUAAUGUUUCUGUAAAAAUAGAAGUUAUUCUUUAGUGAAUAUAUAAACUAAGUGAUGAAAAUGGGCUUUCUAUAAUAAUCAAGAAUAUAACCUAAAGUAACAUUGAAAUAUACAAUGAAGAUAGAUCAUCCUUUUUAUAAACCUACAAAUAAAUUAAACAUAUAUAUAGAAAUGUUUCUUACUGUCUUUGGUAGGAAGUCGAGAAAAUCAUAAGGUUAGUUUCUAAAUGCGUAUCAAUCAAUAAAUAUAAAGGAAGAUUAACCCAAAGGGUAUGUGA